CUCCUUUAACACCCAAAAAAAAAAGAACACCUAUAAAAGAUGGCACUUACUGAAGCUCAAAAGAUUUGUAAACAAGUUAAUUUUUAUUUCUCUGAUUCUAAUUUGCCCUAUGACAAGUUCUUAUGGACUCUUCGUUCCAAUUCUCCUAAUGGCUGGAUCCCCAUUGAAACUAUUGCUAAUUUCAAGAAAAUGAAGAUGAUUACUGAAGAUUUGGAUACCGUUGUGAAGGCUCUUAAAGAAAAUGAAAGCGAUAUUUAUGAAGUUGACGAAGAAGGAAAGAAUAUUAGAAGAAAGACCGAAGUUGUUCAACAAGAUCAUAUUUCACGUUCUAUUUAUAUCAAGGGAUUACCUUUAGUGGAUGUUGAUACCGAAGAUCCUAUUGCUGAGACCUUCAAAUUACAAGAUCAAGUUGAUGAAUUCUUUAGUGAAAAGGCUAAAGUCCUUUGUGUUCGUUUAAAGAAAACUCAUGAACGUCCUUAUCAACUUAAGGGUAGUGCUUAUGUUGAAUUUGAGACUCCUGAAGACGCACAAAAGAUUGCUGAUUUGAAGGAAGUUGAGAUGGAUGGUCAUAAACUUGAAUUAAUGUAUAGACCAAAGUAUAUUGAAAUGAAGUCCGAGCAAUUCAAGAAUGCCCCUCCUCCAAAAAAGAGAUUCCGUACUUUCAAUGCUUUUUAUGUUAAUAACAACAGUAAUAAUGUAAAUAAUAAGAGAAAGGCUGAUAAUGGUUUCGCCAAAAACGGUAAUGAUAAGAAACAAAAGACAAAGAAUGAAGAAGUGAAGGAAAAAGAAGAAUCUUCUUAAAAACUACAACAAAAUAGCAUCUUUUUAUUUUUAUUUUAUUUUAUUUUUUUAUUUUUACU